GUUUGUUCACUUGGAAGUCCUUGUACCGUUGAGCUUCGCCUUCUUACAGAGGUCUGGUUCGGUUGGCGUAUUAGCUCAAAUUCUUUCUCUCUUCCAGAUCUACGCAGCCGAUAUCACCAGAGAUGGAGACCUUUCUAUUUACCUCUGAAUCCGUAAAUGAGGGUCACCCCGACAAGCUCUGUGACCAGAUCUCUGAUGCGGUGCUCGACGCUUGCCUAGCUCAGGACCCUGACAGCAAGGUCGCAUGUGAGACCUGCAGUAAGACCAACAUGGUCAUGGUCUUUGGAGAGAUCACUACCAAGGCCAAUGUGGACUACGAAAAGAUUGUCCGUGACACAUGCCGAGAAAUUGGAUUCGUUUCCGACGAUGUUGGUCUUGAUGCUGACAAUUGCAAGGUCCUGGUUAACAUUGAGCAGCAGAGCCCAGAUAUUGCUCAGGGUGUUCACGGCCACUUCACAAAGCGCCCUGAGGAGAUUGGCGCUGGUGACCAAGGCCAUAUGUUUGGCUAUGCCACUGACGAGACCCCUGAAUUGAUGCCCCUUAGCCAUGUCCUAGCCACCAAGUUGGGCGCUCGUCUCACUGAAGUUAGAAAGAAUGGCACCUGCCCCUGGUUGAGACCUGAUGGCAAGACCCAAGUUACUGUCGAGUACUACAACGACAAUGGCGCCAUGGUACCCGUCCGUGUGCACACAGUUCUGAUCUCCACCCAGCACGAUGAGACCGUCACCAACGACGAGAUCGCUGCAGACCUCAAAGAGCAUGUCAUCAAGCCCGUCAUCCCCGAGAAGUACCUCGACGAGAAGACCAUCUUCCACCUUAACCCCUCAGGCCGAUUUGUCAUUGGCGGUCCCCAUGGUGAUGCAGGUCUUACCGGACGCAAGAUCAUCAUCGACACCUACGGUGGUUGGGGAGCCCACGGUGGUGGUGCUUUCUCCGGAAAGGAUCCCACCAAGGUCGAUAGGAGUGGUGCCUACAUCGUCAGGCAGGCUGCUAAGAGCAUAGUUGCCAGUGGGCUUGCACGGAGGUGCAUUGUCCAGGUCUCUUACGCCAUCGGUGUGCCCGAGCCGUUAUCAGUUUUCGUCGACACAUACAAAACCGGUAAGAUCCCCGACAAGGAAAUCCUGGAAAUCGUGAAGGAGAACUUCGACUUCAGGCCCGGAAUGAUCACCAUCAACCUUGAUCUGAAGAGGGGUGGCAAUGGGAGAUUCUUGAAGACAGCAGCAUAUGGACACUUCGGAAGGGAGGACCCGGACUUCACCUGGGAGAUUGUCAAGCCACUCAAGUGGGAGAAGCCUCAAUCUUAAAGAGAUCAUCCCAUCCGGUUGGUCUAAUUCCUUACAAUUCUAGAAAUAUCUGGGAGUUGUUAGUUGAUGAUUGAUUUUCGUGUUUUCUUUCUUCUGCUGCUUUAUGUUCAAAAGCAAAUUAUAUUUGUUCUAUUUCCUUUUCCUAGUUUCAAUUUCUUGUAAUAUUUUUAAAAUUCUUAAUACUAUCCAUGCAAUGCAAUGAGAGCAUUUUGUUAAACCA